AUGGGCAGUGGGAGGAACGAGAUGCAGACACACCUGCAGCAGGACCGCGCAGUGUGCCGGCCGCUGCGCAGCAAGCUCAGAGGCCGGGGGAGGCCGGGUCCGGGGUCCGGACUGGGGUCCGGGCCGGAGCAGACGGGCGCCAGGCCCUCGGGCACCGCCGCGCUAGGUCACAGCUUCCGAAAAGUGAUGCUCACCAAGCCCACCUUCUGCCAUCUCUGCUCCGACUUCAUCUGGGGGCUGGCCGGCUUCCUGUGCGAUGUCUGCAACUUCAUGUCCCAUGAGAAGUGUCUGAAGCAUGUGAAGACCCCCUGUCCCAGCAUGGCACCCAGCCUGGUCCGAGUCCCCGUGGCCCAUUGCUUUGGCUCCCGCGGGCUUUACAAGCGCAAGUUCUGCUCCGUGUGCCGCAAGUGCCUGGAGGCGCCCGCGCUCCGCUGUGAAGUGUGUGAGCUGCACGUUCACCCCGACUGUGUGCCCUUCGCCUGCAGCUUCCGCGUGUCCGAGAGCGCCGCCCCCGAGCCGGGUGAGGGAGACGACGCUGUGGACGGAAGCGCCUCCGGCGGCCUGGGCAGAGAGGAGCUGGCGCCGGAGUCCGGCAAGCAGACCUUGAAGGUCUUCGACGGCAACGACGCUGUGCAGCGCAAUCACUUCCAAGUCAUCACUGCCACCCGCCUGGCCGGGCGCGAGGAGGUGCUGGAGGCGGCGCUGCGGGCCUACUACAUCACGGAAGACCCUCGCAACUUCGAGCUGCAGGCGCUGCCCACGUCGGGACAGGCUGGCGGCAGGGAGGCUCCGGGCAAGGCCGGGAGUGGUGGGACUCUGGAGGAGGACGGCGGCAGGGGCCCCGGGUCCCGAGAGGCUGCUCCCGAGGCCUGGGUCAUCCGAGCUCUGCCCCGCACCCAGGAGGUGCUGAAGGUCUACCCUGCCUGGCUCAAGGUGGCUGUGGCCUACGUGUCCAUCCGGGUGACGCCGCAGAGCACCGCGAGGGCCGUGGUGCUGGAGGUCCUCCCGCUGCUCGGUCGCCAGGCCGAGGGUGCUGAGAGCUUCCAGCUGGUGGAGGUGCUCAUGGGCAGCAGGCACGUCCAGCGGACGGUGCUGGAGGACGGAGAGCUUCUGCUGCACCGGCUCCAAGACAUCCGGCAGACAUCCCUGCGGCAGAUGAGCCAGACACGCUUCUACGUGGCCGAGCACAGGGCCGUGGUCCCACACGUCUCCCUGUUCGUUGGUGGCCUGCCUCCCGGCCUGUCCCACCAGGAGUAUGGCAGCCUGCUGGACGAGGCUGUGGCCACCAAAGCUGGCCUGGUGACCCUGAGCCACGUCUACUCCUCGCAAGGUGCUGUGGUGCUGGACGUGACCUGCUUUGCAGAAGCCGAGCGACUGUACAUGCUGGUCAGGGACACAGCUGUGCACGGCCGGCCGCUGACUGCCCUGGUGCUCCCGGAGGUGCUGCACACCAGGCUGCCGCCAGACUGCCGGCCCCUUCUUGUGUUCGUGAACCCCAAGAGUGGAGGCCUCAAAGGCCGUGACCUGCUCUGCAGUUUCCGGAAGUUGCUGAACCCUCACCAGGUCUUCGAGCUGACCAAUGGGGGGCCUCUUCCCGGGUUCCACGUGUUCUCCCAGGUGCCCUGUUUCCGGGUUCUGGUAUGUGGCGGGGAUGGCACGGUGGGCUGGGUGCUUGCUGCGCUGGAGGAGAUGCGGCCCCGUCUGGCCUGCCCGGAGCCUUCUGUGGCCAUCCUGCCCCUGGGCACAGGGAAUGACCUUGGCCGGGUCCUCCGCUGGGGGGCAGGCUACAGUGGCGAAGAUCCACUCUCCGUGCUGGUGUCGGUGGAUGAGGCUGACGCUGUGCUCAUGGACCGGUGGACCAUCCUGCUGGAUGCCCAUGAGGCUGGUGGUGCGGAGAACAGCGUGGCAGACGCGGAGCCCCCCAGGAUUGUGCAGAUGAGUAACUACUGUGGGAUUGGCAUCGACGCAGAGCUAAGCCUGGACUUCCAUCAGGCACGAGAGGAGGAGCCCGGCAAGUUCACGAGCAGGUUCCACAACAAGGGCGUCUACGUGAGGGUCGGGCUGCAGAAGAUCAGCCAGUCUCGCAGUCUGCACAAGGAGAUCCGGCUGCAGGUGGAGCAGCACGAGGUGGCGCUGCCCAGCAUCCAGGGCCUCAUCUUCAUCAACAUUCCCAGCUGGGGUUCGGGGGCUGACCUGUGGGGUUCUGACAGCGACUCAAGGUUUGAGAAGCCACGCAUGGACGACGGGCUGCUGGAGGUGGUGGGGGUGACGGGCGUCAUGCACAUGGGCCAGGUCCAGAGCGGGCUGCGUGCCGGCAUCCGCAUUGCCCAGGGCGCCUACUUCCGCGUCACUCUCCUCAAGGCCACACCUGUGCAGGUUGAUGGCGAGCCCUGGGUCCAGGCUCCCGGACACAUAAUCAUCUCGGCCGUGAGCCCAAAGGUUCACAUGCUCAGGAAGGCCAAGCAGAAGCCCAGGAAGGCCGGGACUCCCAAGGAUGCCUACCCCUGAGGGGGACCCCCAAGUAAAGGAGGCCCAGAGCAGUCUGCGCUGGCCAGGAGCAGCAGCUGAAGGGGAUGGGCUUGCCCACACCCCCUCUGCACCAGUGACCCUGGCGGGCAGGGCUCCACUGGCCAAUCCUCUCGCUUCCUCGGGCCACCAUCAUAGAGGACAGGCGCUCCUCCCUUAGUGUUCUCUGCCACCUGAGCCCUUCGAGCUGGUGGCACUGGACCUCAGGGGGUCCCCUGGACACUCCUACAGAGCAGCUGGCUCUACGGGCCCUGGAUGUGCCCAGCGCAGACAUGGGCAUCCGCCGCCAGCUCCUCUGGCCUCGUUUCUCCAUUGAGGGCUGGGUGGAGUCUACCAUUUACUUCCUCUGCUGGCCUCACUGCUUGCCAGCCUGGCUGUGGCCUGAGUGACAGGGCUACAAUGCAGAGGGGGUCUGAUGAAGUCACAUGGGCCUGGCCACCAUUCCAAGGAUGAGUGUGGUGCCAGGAGGCAGCUGGGGGGGCACCCCCCACGGUGGGGGAGCGAGCCUGAGGGGACCUGAAACAAGCUGCAGCAGCGUGAGGUGAGGAGGA